GCAGACUACGUAUAUAGCUGUAGCUAGCUUCUUGGUUUCUCCAUUUUAUUGCUCAGAUAAUUUUUUUUGAGAUGGCCAACCCAAAUAACAUUUACCAUGGUUAUCUUGUAAUGUUUUCUUGUGCUGUGUUGUUAAUAGCUCAGAUUGGCGCAGGCGAUGAUGCAGGCUCACUCCAGGGAGGGAAGAAAUUGAUAAUUGGUGUUCCCAAGAAAGUAAGCUUCGUCCAGUUUGUGGAUACACAACUGAAUCCUUUGAACAAGAGUCAGCUCGUGAACGUUACUGGCUAUUCUAUUGACAUUUUCUUGGCUGCAGUAGCUUAUCUUCAGCGUUCAAACUACAAUAUUUCUUUCGAGUUUAGUGCUUUUGUAGACAAAAAUGGAAACACUAUUGGGGGUUACGAAGCACUCAUCCGCCAGGUUAAUGAAGGAAAGGUUAGACACUUUAAUUUACUGUCUUGGAUGCAUGUAUUGAUGAGGAUCUCCUUAAUUGUAUUGGUGCUGGAGUAAAGAGAGAGAGAGAUUAAUUUCACCUCUUGUCACAUGGGUUUUACAGAAGUCCAGUCUCUUUUCUCUCUUUUCAAUUCAUCAGUAGCAAUACGUACAAUUGAAGAGAUUUGUUUCUAAUAUUGUUCAAGCAAACCAGGCCAGCUGACUGUAUAACGAGGUUGGUCAGGCCUAGAAUAUCCAAGUUUUUCACUAUUUUUUGCAGCAGGGUGUUUUGAAUUUAUUCUUUACCAUAAUCAACACUUGUGUUAUAAGUACUACAUCGGGAAGCCUCACAAUUGAAAUGUGAUUUAUAAGUGUAAUGAGUUCUUCCACUAAACUAAUUAAUAGGCUAAUCUUUUAGGUUGGACUCUCUUUUUAAAUUUGCUUUCCUUUAAAAGUUUGAAGGACUCUUCUACCUAAUUAAGCCUAGUGUUUUUGGGUUCUCCUUUUGUAUUUGUGGUUUUAUGGAUUGAUUUUUAUGAACAGUAUGAUGCUGCAGUGGCAGAUUUGAUGAUAGUGGCAAAUAGGUCAAACUUUGUAGAUUUUACAUUACCAUAUGCACAGUAUGAUGUGAGGAUUCUUGUGAAACUUCGAAAUGAUCCACGUUUGAAUAUGUGGAUUUUUGAAUGGCCAUUUAGUUGGGACAUAUGGCUGUGCAUUGUUGUGGUCUGUAUUUUUACAGGAGGUAUCAUACUAUUCAUGGAACACAAUGUCCAAGAAGAUUCAACAAUUGAAAAUUCUCCCAUUAGAAAACAACUUAGUGGGGUUUCUAUCUUGUGGCUCCCUAUAAUGCAAGCAGUUUUUCUUGAAAGAGAAUUAUUGGCGAGGAAUUGCUCAAGGUUUGUGUUGGUGAUGUGGUUGAUUCUGGUAUCUAUACUAAUGCAAAGUUAUAGUGCAUGCUUAUCAUCAAUUUUGAUGGUAAACCAACUUCAAUCUCAUUACCCUAGUGAGGAUGACAUUAUAACAAACCCUAAAAUUUACAUUGGAUGCCACUAUGGUUCAUUCAUAAGCAGCUUAUUGGUUGAUAGCUUGACAGUUGACAGUUCAAGGGUAAAGGAAUACCCAGGCAUUAAACAAUAUAAGGAGGCUUUAGACAAAGGAAGCCAAAGAGGCGGUGUCAAUGCCAUUUUUGACGAAGUUCCCUACAUUAAAGUCUUCCUUGCCAAAUAUGGUUCAAAUUAUGCCAUGGUGGGGCCUAGGCACCGCACUGCUGGAUUUGGCUUUGCAUUUCGUAAGGAUUCGACCAUAACCUCGUACUUUUCCCAAGCCAUAUUAAAUAUAAGCCAGAGUAAAGAAAUGGACUACAUUGAGGAUAGAUAUUUUAACACUCGUGAUGAUGAUGGCAUAUCUUCUUCAUUGUCAUCAAAUGAUGACAGUUCCAGCCUCACCGCAUAUAGCUUUGCAGGUUUGUUCGUAGUAUUCGGAAUUCUCUCGCUGUUAGCUUUGUUAAUCUCUGAACAUCGUUUUUGGAGAAGACAUGUCAUGCUAAUGAAAAUGUAUAGCAAAAAAUUCUUGAGCCGGAGUUCCACAAGAACCAAUAAUAUGUCAGAGGAAGGCUCUAGAACAAGAAGAAAUGAUGAAGAUGGAGAAGGUUCUAUGAACAGAGAAAAUAUUGGGUCAGGAGAUGGAGAAUACAAGCACGAAAAGAAAUUGGUGGCAUCUAUUCCCUAACUCUAUAAAUGGGUACUUAAACAUUGCUCGGAUAAUUAAGUUUAGACUUUAGAGCCAGUUAAUUAGGUUGUGUUAAGUAUAUUCAAGAUUGUCUUGGAGCUCAGGCACAUGAAAACCGUCUGUGGGUGUGUAAUUGUAUAUUAAUGCGUGCGUGCGCGUGUAUUUAUUCAACAGUUCUGGACUUUGGCAUCUGUGAAGCAUAUUUUCUUGGUUUGGUUUUGGUCU